ACUGAGUACUGCACUAACGUCUCCAACGAUGUUUCCGACAACAUGAACGAGCUCUGGAAGUGGACUGAGAAUGAGUUUGAGGAUGCCGACAAGAUGUCCUCGCCUCUGCAGGGUGCCACCAUGAAGUUCCUCGCCGAGCACCAGCAGGCCAAGAGAGUCCUCGAGAUCGGCUGCUACACCGGCUACAGCGCUCUGGCGUGGUACGAGGCCACUGCUUCAACACAGGCUGAGAUCAUCACGCUCGAGCUGGACCCGAAGAUGAUCGCCGCGUCUCGUCGCACCUUCGACAAGUACGGCCUCAACGACCGUGUGACUCUCAUUGAGGGUCCUGCCCAGGACUCCCUGCAGAAGCUCAGCGGCACCUUCGACAUCAUCUUCGUGGACGCCAACAAGGAAGGCUACGAGGGAUACGUCAAGACUGUUCUGGACAAGAAACUCCUGACACCCAAUGGCUUCAUCAUGUGCGACAACGUGUUCGCCCGCGGCAUGACCAUCUCCGCUGAUGCCAACCCGUACCUCCCUGAGAAGACCCGCGCCUACUGGACGGCGAACGGCAUCGCGCUGCGCAAGUUCAACACCUUCUGCAAGAACGACGCUCGCAUCGACUCCGUUCUCCUUCCUGUCUACGACGGAGUGACCCUGAUCAAGUGGAAGCCUGCCAUCGCCAAGGCGUUCGCCAAUGGGACCUCGAACGGUGCCAACGGCAGCCACUAA